GUAAGGGGUACAUUAAGUGGGAUGCUGCCUCGGCUCCAGCAUCUUGGUUCAAUCCUGACAUCCAGUGCAUUCCUGUGGCCAUGUGGAGUUUCCCCAGAAGCCCUGGUUUCCUCCCAUCCCAAAGAAAUGCAGGUUAGUGGGUUAUUUGGCCAAUGUAACUUGCCCUUGAGUAUGUUGGUUAUAGACAUCAUUUUGGAGGUAGUUGAUGGGAAUCUGGGGAGAUAAGGAUAUAUGAAAGACGGGAGAAUGUGAUUAUAUCACAGACUCUGGCCUGAGUGACCUCCUUUACUGUAAUCCCGUGAACAGUGAAUUUUAAAAUGUUUCAUUCUAGGGGAGGUGGGAGGAUCACUGAUAUAACUGGAAUCUCGUCAAAAUAAUUGUUCAUCUACCCGAGUGGACACAUAAUGGAAAUGUUGUAAGUUGGCAUGGCAAUCAGUCCCAAGCUUAAAAUUUCCCUCAAUCCCAUAAUUGGAUCAAAUGACCUAAGAGGAAAUUUAUUUUUAUAAUUGACUGGAGCUGUGCACAGAUAACUUUAAUAGCCUCUGAAUCUGGGCAAAAAUGUGAUCAGUAGACCUUUUGAAAACCUAGAAUUGAAAUGGUUAAGCACAUUUUAAAAUUCAGCCAGUCGAUAAAGUUCUUUGUUUAACAAUAGAACCAGUAGUGACUUUAUCUCUUGAUACUGCUUCUUGUGUUUCCCAAUGUUUUACCCGUGAUCGCCUCAGCUCUUAUAAUCCUUUGCUACCCUGGAUGCGUUCCAAGUCUACGUCUUUGCCUGAAAUUCUAAUUAAGUUUUGGGCAUUAUGUUUGAGAGAGAAAACUGCUCCACAAUUUGGUAAGUGCUUUGGCUACUAGAUGUCUUAUCAUUACCUUUAGCAUCUAAGCUAGUAAAGCAUCUGUGGCAGAAAUUAAUUUGAGUAAAAACUGAAUUUGUUAAAUGAAAACUAAUGGGCAUAUAAGCAGCCUAAUCUUAUAUAACACAAGCAAACCAACAUUCCAUCCAACUACAAAGAGACCAUUACUUUGCCCUCCCCUCUCUGAGUCCCUUUCUAAACUAACUCUUAGUUGAACAGAGUUUUUGAUCCUGAAAAGUAUUAGUGGGAUUUUCUGGAUUUUGAGUGCACAAAGUACCAGAUUUGUGGUGCUCUUUGUUCAAGUAACUAAGGAGUUUGUGUUCCAGAUUUUAAAACCUUUCACUGGUUGAUCCAUUUAACCUUUCAGUGAUCAUAGUAACGGCAAGCCAUUUUUGUGUGAGAAACGAGUCCUUGCCUCCAAAUUUGCAAUUGAAUAGAUCCCAACUGAAUUUACCCGAUUGUAUUUGAAUAAGAAGGGAUUCCUAACAGCAGUAAUGGAAGAUGCUCUGGAAAAUAUCCCCAGGAACAAUAUCAAUUCAUCUACAAAUUCCACUGAAUUGGAGCCCAAAUCUGCGUUUAUGCAAUGGGAGCAUAACAUUGUUGCAGCAUACUUAAUAACAGCAGGAAUAUUAAGUCUGCUCAGCAACAUAAUAGUAUUAAUAAUGUUUGCUAAGUUCAAGGAGUUCCGCACAGCAACCAAUGCAAUCAUUGUGAACCUGGCUCUCACUGACAUUGGGGUGAGUGCCAUUGGCUACCCCAUGUCGGCUGCUUCAGACCUGCAUGGUAGUUGGAAAUUUGGUUAUUCGGGAUGUCAGGCAUACGCGGCGCUAAAUAUCUUUUUUGGGAUGGCAAGCAUUGGAUUGCUUACAGUGGUUGCUUUUGACCGGUACCUGACCAUUAGUAAGCCCGACCUAGGGAGGAAGAUGACUGGUGCGACCUACACAGCUCUGAUCACAGUUGCCUGGGCAAAUGGCCUGUUCUGGGCCCUCAUGCCAGUAAUGGGUUGGGCAAGCUAUGGACCUGAUCCAACAGGAGCCACUUGCACCAUUAAUUGGAGAAACAAUGACUCGCUAUUUGUUUCCUAUACCAUGACAGUGAUUGCAGUUAAUUUUGUAUUGCCGCUAUCAAUCAUGUUCUUCUGUUACUACAAUGUGUCAAAAACAAUGAAAAGAUUCGCACAACACAGUGGUAUGGAAAAUAUAACCUUGGAUUGGUCUGAUCAACUGGAUGUAACCAAGAUGUCUGUCGUGAUGAUUGUGAUGUUUCUCGUGGCUUGGUCACCUUACUCUAUUAUCUGCUUAUGGUCGUCUUUUGGGGACCCAAAACUCAUCACACCUGCCAUGGCAAUUAUUGCUCCACUUUUUGCCAAGUCAUCCACUUUCUACAAUCCCUGUAUUUAUGUUAUUGCAAAUAAGAAGUUUCGAAGAGCCAUCAUCACAAUGAUACGCUGUCGGACUCAACAGGAUCUAACCAUCAGCCACACUCUACCAAUGACCACCUCCCGGACUCCUUUAGCAGAAUAAAACACAUUACACUUAAAUCUGCUUCAAAAAUCUGCACCAUUGUACUCUGUGAUAAAUGGUUUUGCCUUCACCUUCUCAUCUGUUAAGGGCCUGUCCCACUUGGACGACCUAAUCCACGAGUUUAGAAGACACUAGACGAGUUGAAAAAUAUGUCACGGUCGUGUUGACUCGCCAAAGUAAAAGACCUACGUCUACGGCCACGUACGACUAUGUCCACGACCUCCUACGACUAUGUCUACGACCUCCUUCGACCCCCUCGACCUCAGUCUUCCACACCUAAGACCAACUACGACUAGCUACGAGUGGAAAAUAAUCACAUGAUAAAAUGAUGUCAUGUUUGCAUUUUUUUUCUCGGGCCAGUUACCGACCUACGACUACCAUCACGACCUACUACGACCUAUCUAUGACCUACCUACGAGUAAAAUCCAUUUUUUUCAAGCCAACCUUUUUUUUACUAGUGGACAUUGUUUUAUCAGGCUGGAAAAAAAGCCGCAACCUACUCAAGUCCGCGGAGACCACUCACGAGUAUGAGGAAGAGUUACAAAGACUUUCUACGACCUUGUGGCGACCAUGUUGCGAGUAUGAGUCAAGGGAAAACUCGGCACAGGUCGCCAAUUGGGUCGUGAAAGUGGGACAGGGGUUUUAGACUUUGAUUUUGUCUUCCACUGAUGUUAAAAUUACUUUAGAUAUUUUUAAUUCCAAACUGAAUCGUGAACAUAACUGAGUGUAAUUUUACAAAUCUUUGUUUUGUGCCCUCCAUUUCUUUGUCUAGUUUACAAGAGGGUGAUGAUUUUGGGUGAAAAUCUUGCUACACAACCCGCUUCCCACAAGCCACGCUGCAUUAUAGAUCUCUCUCAUUUAUUUCCAUUGGAUUUAGUUGUUAGUAUCCUUGUUGUAAUGCAAUGGUCUGCCAAGAAAGGGGUAAAAGUUUGCAAAAUGUGCCCGAGUCGGCAGUCACAAUGUCUGUUCUCGCUGCAUGAGCUAAAUUUGACAAAUUAGCAAAGGAGAUGCGGUAACGCAGGAAUGAUUCGGCAGAAGAAUAGAACAAGAUAACGUACAAGGUGACCAUGCUCCAAGUCACUUCGGCUGUGCUCAAUGCACGGACUAAGUGACUGAAGUCUGGAAACCAAAUAUAAAGGAAACAAAUGCAAAGCCCACUGGUUUGGGAUUUCACCUUCGGACUGGAUUGCGACCGGCACCAAGGAGAUGGCAGCAGACACGAACCCCUGCCUUCUUAGAUUCGGUAUCCCCCUGGCGAUAAGUAUUUGGCUUGUUUGUAAGAACAAUCUUGUAAGAGAGUGUACUACAAAAUAAAAUGGCUGUCUGCUGCCAAAAUCAUUAUAACCUCGUCCGUGAGAAUCA